GAUAAGUAUGGCGACUCUCAGAGCGUCCGUGUCGCUGUUCACCCUGCAGGCAGGUUCUCGGGUCACCUGGCGGGUCUGUUUCCGGGCCCGCCCUCGGCCCCGGCCCGGUUCCCUGUUCCAGCCUUUGCCCGGGGUCUGCGGGGCGGGAACGCCAUGCCGUGGGCUCGGCUCCGAGGCGGAAUCUGGUAGCUCAAAGAUCAAGAAACCUACCUUUAUGGAUGAGGAAGUCCAAAGCAUACUCAUCAAGAUGACAGGCUUAGAUUUGCGGAAGAUUUUUAAGCCAGCUAUACAAGAAGUGAAGCCACCAACUUAUAAGCUAAUGACCCAAGCACAGUUGGAAGAGGCUACAAGACAGGCAGUCGAGGCAGCUAAAGUCCGAUUAAAAAUGCCACCAGUUCUGGAAGAGCGAGCGCCAAUAAAUGACGUGUUAGCUGAAGAUAAGAUUUUGGAAGGAACAGAAACAGCCAAAUACGUGUUUACUGAUAUAUCAUAUAGCAUACCACACCGGGAGCGUUUUAUUGUUGUCAGAGAACCAAGUGGCACACUACGCAAAGCCUCUUGGGAAGAAAGGGACCGGAUGAUUCAAAUUUAUUUCCCAAAAGAAGGUCGUAGAAUUUUAACACCAGUAAUUUUCAAGGAAGAAAAUCUUCAGACCAUGUACAGCCAGGACCGGCAUGUUGAUGUCCUCAAUCUCUGCGUUGCCCAGUUUGAGCCAGAUUCUGCUGAAUAUAUCAAAAUUCAUCAUAAGACCUACGAAGAUAUAGAUAAAUAUGGAAAGUAUGACCUUUUACGUUCAACAAGACACUUCGGUGGAAUGGCUUGGUAUUUUGUAAAUAAGAAAAGGAUUGAUGGUUUACUGAUUGACCAGAUUCAGAGAGAUUUGGGACACGGGUUCUAUCCCUGGUCCAGGAAGAUCCCACAUGCCGAGGAGCAACUAAGCCCGUGUGUCACAAGCCUGCGCUCUAGAGCCCGUGAGCCACAACUACUGAGCCCGCAUGCCACAACUACUGAAGCCCACACGCCUGGAGCCCAUGCUCUGCAACGAGAAGCCACCGCAAUAAGCCUGCGCACCGCUGUGAAGAGUAGCGCCUGCUCACCGCAACUAGAGAAAGCCCAUGCGCAGCAAUGAAGACCCAAUGCAGCCAAAAAG